CCAUUCGAAUUUUAAAGUUCGUCGUAAAAGGUUUAACUUGCAUUUGGCAGAAGAAUAAGUCGCGUUACAAUGAGUUCUCAGCAAAAAAUAAAAGAAAUCUUAAAUAACUUGCAAAUCUCCGACGACGACCGUUGCGUAUACACGAGGGAUGCGAUUGCCAUUCAAAACCAUGUGAUUGAGGAGCUGAAAAAGGUGGACCCGACUUUUCGCAAUGCCUUUGACGGCCUGAGCCUGGGUGGCAGUUACUUGGAUCGCGUCAAGCUAGUGACUCCCGAUGAAUUCGAUUUGCACUUGAAGCUCAAGUUCCCAUUUCAAAUUACUCCGAAGGCAGACGAAAAGGGUUUCGUUUUCCUUUAUGCACCUGGAGGAACAAACUCGCGGAUCGUAUCCUAUGAUGGCUAUAUUCGUCGCCAGGAUCUUCAGGAAUGGUUGCGUAGUAUCUUCAAGAAGGUGUUCAAUCCAACUUUGAGUCUUCGGUGUACCAGCUCUGGCAAUUCGUAUACUGUGAGUUAUACAAUGGAGGGAUACGGCUGCGCCCAUUCCAUAGAGGCCAAGUGCGGAAAUCGUACCAUAUCCUUCGAUUUCGUUCCGGCUUUUGAGUUCAAUGUCUCUCAGUGGCCGUUCCCGGCCACUCCACCGGUUCCCUACCAGGUGCGUAGCCAAUAUCCCUGGUUCGCCAUUCCGCAAAAGAAGUCGGGAAGCUCCGACGAUCGCACCUUUAUGGUUUGCGCCCCAACCUGGGAACGUGAAGUGAUGAAGGGCUCUUACAAUCUGAAGAACGUACUGCGUCUCAUGAAGGGAUUACGUGAUGGGAAUUCCGAAGAACUGCCGCACCUGUCCAGCUACAUGCUAAAAACCGUGCUCCUCGAUGUAAUUGAUAAUGUUAACUGGCAACGCGACGAGGGUCCUCUUCUGGUGGAAAUGUGGGGACGUUUGGUGGAUCGCCUAGAUGGUGGCAGACUGGAUUUCUUCAUGGCCAACGGGCACAAUAUCUUCGAUCGUCUAAAUCAACGACAACUAAGUAUGUGUCGCAGUAAUGCCAGAAGCAUUUACCAUAACCUACAAAGGUACUACAAUUACAACAACACUUAUGAAUUGCAAAAGCUUUUUAAUUAAAACUAACAAUCAAUGCAUUUUAUAAUACCAAAAUGUUUCUCUCUAUGUCAACCAGAACCAUAAAUAUGUAUUCCAAACUAUGUAUUCCAUAUAUAACCGAAUAACUUUUCAAUAAAAAUCAUUCAUACUUAUUCUG